CGCUCUUAAUCCUGCGGAAAGAAACACGGAACGCUGAAGAACAUUGUGAAGUUCGAACGUCUGAACGACAUCUCCAUAAACGUGUAUGGCAUCCAGAAGAAGAAGAAAGAAGAGGAACAACUCACGAUCGUACCGAUACGACUCACCGAUGAGAAGAUGGAUAAGCACGCGAAUCUGCUGUACGUGCAAGAUGCGCAGGACAACAACGUGGGACAUUUCGCGUGCAUCAAGAAUCUGUCCCGCUUGGUGAGCUCCCAGAUAAAUAAGAAGAAUGGGCAAAUAUACAUUUGUAAUCGGUAAGUAGCGUUAGUAUACCUGUAUAUAAUGAAUAAAUACGUAUGCAAUGUCAGGAAUUAAUAGGUACUUUCUUUUAUUCUUGCAGAUGUCUACACUACUUCUACACUAAUGAGAGAUUGGAGGCCCACUCCGUGGAUUGCAACAAGAUGAACGAAUGCGCCAUCGUCUUACCCAACGAAGAGGACAAGUGGCUAAGUUUCACCAACUACAACAGGAAGGAGCGAAUGCCGUUCGUGGUGUACGCCGAUCUGGAGUGCAUCCUGCAGAAGACCGAGGAGGAGGACGACCCGAAGCUGUACCAGCGUCACCGGGUAUUCAGCAUCGGGUAUUACGUGCGGUGCUCCUACGAUGACUCGCUAUCCGGGUACCGAUCCCGUCGCGAUACCGAUUGUAUAGCAUGGUUCGUCGAAGAAUUAAGAAAUUUAGCGUAUCGAGUGAAAGCGACUUUGUCGAGAAAUGUCCUCAUGGUAGAAUUAACUUGAGACGAGCGCGAAAAAUUCGAUA